UCCAGUCUUCAGUCCUCUCUACAUGACAGUGACUUGUGUAUGUCAGUGGAGCCCCAGUUAGAGACAGACAUGAUAACUGCAGUGGUACUGAUGACCCUGUUGUGGAGCACAGAUCUCCAGGCUCAAAGCGUCAGUCCACCAGAUCUCCAGGCUCAAAGCGUCAGUCCACCAGCUGAACUCUCAGUCAGACUGGUGAAUGGGACCACUUCCUGUUCUGGGACAGUGGAAGUCUUCAAUGAAGGAGAGUGGUUAGGUCUUUGUACUAGUUGGUGGAGCAUGAUGAAAGAGGUCAGGUUUGUGUGUAGAGAGCUGGACUGUGGAAAUCCUGUAGCUGAAUCUGGAGGACCUCUGCUUGAAGAUGGAAAACGAAGAGUCAUACUAGGUGGUUGCUAUGGAAAUGAGUCUUCUAUUAGACAGUGUGACAUUGUAAGAGGAGGACCUGGUGUCUGUGAUGGUGGAUAUUAUCAUCAUGUGACCUGUUCAGAGUCUGUGCGGCUUGUGGAUGGAGCUGGUCUCUGCUCUGGGAGAGUGGAGGUGAAGUCCAAUCAGUCCUGGGCCUCAGUGUGUGAAGCUGACUUUGACCGGCAGGAUGCAGAGGUAGUCUGUAGGGAGUUUGGCUGUGGGGCACCUGCAGCUCUACAGGGGGGGCUCUAUGGAGAAGGUGAGGGUCAGACCUGGGAUAAAGAGUUCCAGUGUAAAGGUAAUGAGUCCCUUCUCCUGGACUGUGACACCUCAGACAGAGAGAACAACACCUGCCUACCUGGUGAUGCUGUUGGACUCACCUGCUCAGAGCCUGAUGAUGUGAGGCUGGUGGGAGGAGGCAGUCGCUGUGCUGGUGGAGUGGAGUGGUACGACCAGGGAGAGUGGAGGACUGUGGGAGCUGAAGACUGGGAUGUAGCUGCAGUAGUGUGUAGACAGCUGGGCUGUGGCUCCACUGUUUCAGUACUACUUGGAGACACCACUAGAGCAUUUAGACUUUCCUGUUAUGGAUCUGAGUCUUCACUGAGGGAGUGUUCCAGAAGUUAUGAUCUCUCUCCUGGACUCACAGUGAUCUGCUCAGAGUCUGUACGGCUUGUGGAUGGAGCUGGUCUCUGCUCUGGGAGAGUGGAGGUGAAGUCCAAUCAGUCCUGGGCCUCAGUGUGUGAAGCUGACUUUGACCGGCAGGAUGCAGAGGUAGUCUGUAGGGAGUUUGGCUGUGGGGCACCUGCAGCUCUACAGGGGGGGCUCUAUGGAGAAGGUGAGGGUCAGACCUGGGAUAAAGAGUUCCAGUGUAAAGGUAAUGAGUCCCUUCUCCUGGACUGUGACACCUCAGACAGAGAGAACAACACCUGCCUACCUGGUGAUGCUGUUGGACUCACCUGCUCAGAGCCUGAUGAUGUGAGGCUGGUGGGAGGAGGCAGUCGCUGUGCUGGUGGAUUGGAGUGGUACGACCAGGGAGAGUGGAGGAUUGUGGGAGCUGAUGACAGGGCCCAGAGGGAUGUAGCUGUAGUAGUGUGUAGACAGCUGGGUUGUGGCUCCACCGUUUCAGUACCACCGGGAAACACCACUAGAGGGAAAAACAUGAUAUGUUCUGGAUCUGAGCCUGCACUGAGGGAUUGUUAUAGAAUGUAUGAUCUACUUCCUGGACUCACGGUGAUCUGCUCAGAUCUCCUGGUCCAGCCUGAUAUCUUCCUGACUGACCCAAUGGGAGGGGUCUUCAGGGGCCACCAGGGGCCUGAGAUGUUCAGGGGCUACAACUUCACCAUCACCUGCUCCACUCAGCCACAGUACCCAGGAGGCUCCUUCCUCCUCACGUUCACCGGCUCCAACAGAACCCAGAUCCAGCCAGCUGUCAAUCACUCUGCUGCCUUCCUCUUCCCUGCUGCAGAUGACUCCCACCAAGGGAACUACAGCUGUGUUUAUGACAAUUAUGUUUUCUCUCAUAACUUCUCCUCUGAAAGUGAGCUCCUCUCCCUCACCAUCACAGCCUCUCCUCUGCCAGCCUUCAUCAUCAGACACGUUGUAGUGCUGCUGAUCCUACUGACAACAAUCACCACCUCCUACCUGUACUACAAGCCCACCAGGAGGCAGAAGAGAGUGAACAGGGUGAGCAGCAUGGAUCUUUAUGUCAAUGCCAUGGAGAUGGUCUCUCUGAGCUCCAGAGCUGAAGCUGGACCGGGAGAGGAGAGAGCAGCCCAGGGGACGGAGUAGGAGUAGAAUGAAGCUGACCCUACAUGCUGAUCUUAGGUCAGUUUUGUGUUUAAAAUCAAUGGUCAGCAGUGGACUGGUGUUUAAAAUGUUGUGACAAACCUGAAGUGGUUCUAAUUUUAAUAACAAGUUCAGAAUUAGUUUCUCUUUCUAGAACCUUGGAGGAAAUCUAAAAGUAGUGACUGCAACCACCAUUAUUCAUUUAGUUUGGUUUUUACCACCAGAGUAACAUGGGGUUUGAGGUAACAUGGGGUUUUGGGUAACAUGGGGUUCUGGGUAACAUGGGGUUUUGGGUAACAUGGGGUUUGUUUCAUGUUCCAGUAUUGCUUAUCUUUAUUUUUUUGUCUUAUUUAGUGUGUCUUAUAUUCUUUAUCUUAUUUAGUGUCUCUUAGAUUCUUUAUCUUAUUUAGUGUCUCUUAUAUUCUUUAUCUUAUUUAGUGUCUCUUAGAUUCUUUAUCUUAUUUAGUGUCUCUUAUAUUCUUUAUCUUAUUUAGUGUCUCUUAGAUUCUUUAUCUUAUUUAGUGUCUCUUAGAUUCUUUAUCUUAUUUAGUGUCUCUUAGAUUCUUUAUCUUAUUUAGUGUCUCUUAUAUUCUUUAUCUUAUUUAGUGUCUCUUAGAUUCUUUAUCUUAUUUAGUGUCUCUUAUAUUCUUUAUCUUAUUUAGUGUCUCUUAUAUUCUUUAUCUUAUUUAGUGUCUCUUAGAUUCUUUAUAUUAUUUAGUGUCUCUUAGAUUCUUUAUCUUAUUUAGUGUCUCUUAGAUUCUUUAUCUUAUUUAGUGUCUCUUAGAUUCUUUAUCUUAUUUAGUGUCUCUUAGAUUCUUUAUCUUAUUUAGUGUCUCUUAGAUUCUUUAUCUUAUUUAGUGUCUCUUAUAUUCUUUAUCUUAUUUAGUGUCUCUUAGAUUCUUUAUCUUAUUUAGUGUCUCUUAUAUUCUUUAUCUUAUUUAGUGUCUCUUAGAUUCUUUAUCUUAUUUAGUGUCUCUUAGAUUCUUUAUCUUAUUUAGUGUCUCUUAGAUUCUUUAUCUUAUUUAGUGUCUCUUAGAUUCUUUAUCUUAUUUAGUGUCUCUUAGAUUCUUUAUCUUAUUUAGUGUCUCUUAUAUUCUUUAUCUUAUUUAGUGUCUCUUAGAUUCUUUAUCUUAUUUAGUGUCUCUUAGAUUCUUUAUCUUAUUUAGUGUCUCUUAUAUUCUUUAUCUUAUUUAGUGUCUCUUAGAUUCUUUAUCUUAUUUAGUGUCUCUUAGAUUAUUUAUCUUGAAGUGUUUCCAUUAUUAGUCCAGGUAUUAUUAUAAUCAUCUGUUCAUUCUUUGUAUUUUGAAACAUUUUUUAAUAAAGGGGUUUGUUGUUGUUUACCUCUCAUGAUGUUAUUGAUUAUAAAUGUUAUGAUAUUGAUUAUGAUGUAGAUUAGUGUUAUGUUGUUAGUAGUAUAUAGAUAAUGAUGUUAUUGAUUAUAAAUGUUAUGAUAUUGAUUAUGAUGUAGAUUAGUGUUAUGUUGUUAGUAGUAUAGAGAUAAUGAUGUUAUUGAUUAUAAAUGUUAUGAUAUUGAUUAUGAUGUAGAUUAGUGUUAUGUGGUUAGUAGUAUAGAGAUAAUGAUGUUAUUGAUUAUAAAUGUUAUGAUAUUGAUUAUUGAUUAUGAAGUAGAUUAUUGUUAUGAUGUUGCUCUCUAAACUGCCAUGUAAUCAACUGAAUGCUUUUAAUAAAAUUACAGGCUGUCA